CCCUAGCCGAGCAUCUAAGGCCUGACGUCCCUAUUCCCACUCCUCUCCAUCCAUCAUACCGUCAAUCAGCGACAACAUCCGACAAGAUGGCCAAGUCCAAGAACGCGUCCCAGCACCACAGCAGCCAGAAGGCUCACCGUAACGGUAUCAAGAAGCCCAAGACCCACCGUUACCCUUCCCUCAACGGCGUUGACCCCAAGUUCCGCCGCAACCACCGUCACGCUCUCCACGGCACCAUGAAGGCCCUUAAGGAGCGCAAGGAGGGCAAGCGUGAGAUCGCAUAGAUUAUGAACUCAGUCUUAAAAAAAUGGGAAACAUGAAAUGCAACUCGAGCGUGCAAGAGGUCCAGAGAACAUAACGAGUGCUACAAUCAAGGACGGUCCGCUGUGUCAAAUAAGCCUGGUUU